ACAAGCCCUUACAGAUUAAAGAUGGCGCCCUCUCAUACACUGAGGUGCUGCAAACGGGCUCUUAACUGGAUACCGGUCUUGUUUAUUAACCUGGUCGUGGGCUGGUCUUACUACGCUUAUGUCGUGGAGCUUUGUGUUUAUACAAUCACAAACAAUGCAGAGCGAAUCAGCUACCUGGUCAUCUUCCACAUUUUCUUCUUCAUGUUUAUAUGGUCAUACUGGAAGACUAUCUGCACCAAACCAGCGGAACCAUCAAAAGUGUUUGCCCUCCCGAGAGCAGAGCGAGAACUGUUUGAAAGAGAGGAGCAAGCGGAGAUGCAACAGGAAAUUCUGAAGAAGGUGGCGAGGAAUUUGCCCGUGUACACGCGCACGGCAGGAGGAGCCAUCCGAUACUGCGGAUUCUGCCAGGUAAUCAAACCUGACCGCUGUCAUCACUGUUCCACGUGCGAGAUGUGUGUUCUCAAAAUGGACCAUCACUGUCCCUGGGUGAAUAACUGUGUCGGUUUCUCAAACUACAAGUUUUUUGUCUUGUUUUUGGCUUACGCUUCACUCUACUGUGGAGUUAUUUGCGCUACUGUCGUCCAGUACUUCAUCAAAUUCUGGUCUAAACAUCUUCCCAACACGCACGCCAAAUUCCACAUCUUGUUUUUGUUCUUUGUGGCGGCGCUGUUCUUUAUCAGCAUCCUGUCACUCUUCAGCUACCACCUCUGGCUCGUAGGCAAGAACAGGACCACCAUAGAGGCUUUCAGAGCUCCAGUGUUUGUGAAAGGUCCAGACAAGAAUGGAUUUUCUCUCGGCUUCAAGCGGAACAUCGCCGAGGUGUUUGGGGAUGAAGCCAAGCGCUUUAUAUUUCCUGUUUUUUCCAGCCUAGGGGACGGCUAUUCAUUCGGAACCAGACUGUUGCACAUAGAUCCUGAACAGGCAAACGGCGUCCUGCAACAAAAUGGCAAAAGUCUUUCUAAUGAGGAAAUACACCCUAACUCAUUGGGAGACAAUACGCAACACAAGGUGGAUGAUGACAAAGCUGAGAAUGGAGGAGUCCAGAUAGUGUCUGUGGUCAUGGAGAACGAGCCAUAGAAGCUGACCUCACACGCUGCCUUGACCAUCAGCACGCAAACGGAGCCACCUUCAGUCCUCAGCUAGGCUUCUAGAGUCACAAUGUUUUUUUUUCCUUUCAAUAUAUUUGCUACUUGGUACUGCAAGGGCUUUAUCCGUGGCUCUUUAGACUGAAGCAGUCUGAUCCAAAGACUUGCAUUCGAUGUGGUCCAAAAAGAUUAACAAGAACUGGUACUGCUUUUCUCUCCGAGGCUGUGUGUGUAUUUAACUACACUGAUUGAUUUUCAUACUAGUCAGUAUUAAACCAGCAUCAUUAAGCACAUCUCAUGUCAGUUAAGCCUCACUACACACUUAAUGGAUCAGGAGAGAUGAAUGCUGCCAAGCGUACGUGCAAUAUGUCCAAGAAGAUUCACCACAUUGAAUCACUUUUUAACUGGUUUCGCUUAAUGUCAAAGGAUUUAUUUUUGUUUACAGCAGUUCAACUAUGUAUUUUGUCGAUUAUAUGUGUACUGAUAAUUUAAGCUUCAGGAGUGCGAAUUAAAUCAGGGUUAACUUGAUGAAACUAUUAGUGUCAUUUCAGAAAAAUGCUUUUAACAUAGGCACAACUUACACUGCACUAUCAAUAUUUGUAAAUGACUUCCUUAUACUGUUUGUACUUGUUUAUA